GUCCUUUCUUCAUAAACCGCCGGACUACCUACUCUUUCGCUUUCACAGGCCGAUAAACAAACAUCCCAAGUAAUCACUCCAAGAUGCGCGCUUCAAUCACUGCCGCCACGGCGCUGCUCGCCGCGUUGGUCUCUGCUCAUGGCAACAUUGUCUCGCCUCCUGCCCGUGGUGUCGGCGCCGCAAUGGCUGCAGCAUGCGGACAAGCGAACGUUAAGGCUGUGACAGCCGAUCCCACCAUUCCUCUGGAAGACUUCACCAGCCCUCCAUAUCAAGGCCAACUUGACCUUUGCAGAGGAGCCAAGUUCGAGGACAACAAGGCCAACGUCCAGACCUUCAAGGCUGGACAGGUCGUCAACAUGAAGGCCGAGAUCCCGAUUCCCCAUGAGGGCCCCAUGAACGUCUCCAUCGUCGAUACCGCAACCAACAAGGUCAUCGGACAGCCUCUCAUCGCCUUCGACAGCUACGCCGACGAGAAGCUCGCGGCACUGCCCAAGAACAACACCAACUUCGACAUCACCAUGCCCUCUAACUUGCCCGCGGGCACAUGCGCUCAGGCUGGCCAGUGUGUCGUUCAGUGGUUCUGGGUUGGUACCGCAGCGAAGCAGACAUACGAGAGUUGUGUAGACUUUGUUAUGGCUUGAGCGAUUAGAGUAUCGUCGCCUAGUUAUAGAGGAAUGGGAGGUCUUUUGAGAACGUUUGAGCACGUAGAUCAGCGUCGCAUCCAUGUG